AUGGCGUCAGCUGCCAUUUUUUCAUCUUUGCGGCGGAGCAGGUCGCCGACGUUAGACGCGUUCUUGGCGCCGGUGGAUCUAGAGAACGACGUCGUGGGUUUGUUAAAAACCCUAACCAGCAUCGCAUCUGACCUCAUCUCGUCAUUCUCUGACAAGACGCCGCCAUUUCAAAAGAAGAAUUCCAGAUCUUUGAUCCGGAAAAUUGAAUUGUUUGUCGUGUUGUUGGAUUCCGUUCGUGAGUCAGGUGAGUGGUGGUCGAAUCUGCCUUCAACGGUGGUUCUAUGCUUUAAGGAGUUGUACCUUCUGCUGUACAGGUCCAAAAUCCUCCUUGAUUACUGCACCCAGUCGAAUGUUUUCCCGAUGAAUAAAUUGAAUUGUUUGAUUAGCGAUGACGUUAAAGAACAGAUAAACUUACUACAAAAGCAAUCCAGACGGAACAAAUUGUUCAUAGAUAAACACGUUGAAUCAUUACGAUUGAAGUUCUUCAAGCUACUAAACGAAAUCGGAACCGGAAACAUCCCAAAUUCGGAAGAAUUCCAUGAUUUUUUCGUUACAAAAUUGGGGAUCCUUGACGCUAGGGCUUGCCGGGUUGAAAUUGAGUUUCUCGAGGAACAAAUUGUGAACCACGGGAGCGAUCUUGAGCCCUCAGCUUCCAUCCUCGGUGGGGUUAUCGCCAUGAUUAGAUACUGUAGAUUCUUGUUAUUUGGAUUCGAAGAAGACGAAGUGGAAAUUUCACACAGAUUCAGAAGAGGGAAGAAAAGAGGAUUAAUCUCAAAACAAAUCGCCGAUACGUUUAUAACAAUCCCAAAAGAUUUUUGUUGUCCAAUUUCGUUAGAUUUGAUGAUGGAUCCUGUUAUCAUAUCAACCGGCCAGACUUUCGAUCGAGCUUCAAUUUCAAGAUGGAUCGAAGAAGGUCACAGCAACUGCCCCAAAACCGGUCAAACUCUCGUCCAUAAAAAACUUGUACCAAAUCGAGCUCUUAGAAAUCUAAUCAUGCAAUGGUGCACUGCUCACAAGAUCCCAUAUAGUCCUCCUGAAAGCUCUGAUCUCGCCGGAGAAUCUUUUCCGGCAGCUCCGGCAAGCCGUCCGGCGGUGGAAGCCAAUAAAGCCACCGUCCGGCUCCUGAUUCGGGAGCUGGAAAACGGUUCCGAUUCCGGUAAAGCAAUCGCCGCCCGUGAAAUCCGGUUUCUUGCAAAAACCGGGAGAGAAAACCGGGGAUUCAUAGCGGAAUCCGGCGUGAUUCCACAUCUGAAAAUUCUUCUUUCAUCAGAAAGUGCAGUGGCACAAGAAAACGCAGUGACUGCAAUGUUGAAUCUUUCAAUUUAUGAUAAAAAUAAGAGCCGAAUCAUGGAUGAAUCUGGUUGUUUGAGAUCAAUCGUGGCGGUUUUAAAAUCCGGCCACACAAUUGAAUCCCGGGAAAACGCCGCCGCCACUUUAUUCAGCCUUUCCGCCGUCCACGAUUACAAAAAACUCAUCGCCGGUGAAGCCGGAGCUUUACAGACACUCGCCGGAAUGUUACUUUCCGGUACACCUAGAGGGCGGAAAGACGCCGUCACUGCCUUGUUCAAUUUGUCGACCCACACCGCAAACUGUGUGAAAAUGAUCGAAUUUGGGGUGGUGAAAUCGUUAGUCCAGGCGUUGGAAUGUGACGGGGUGGCGGAGGAGGCUGCCGGAGCGUUAGCGUUGAUAGUCCGGCAACCAGUAGGAGCGGAGGCGGUCGGCCACGAGGAGGCGGCGGUUGUCGGUUUGAUCGGAAUGAUGAGGUGUGGGACACCGAGAGGAAAGGAGAACGCGGUAGCGGCGUUGCUUGAGCUUUGCCGGAGUGGUGGUGCCGCCACCACCGAACGGGUGGUGAGAACUCCGGCGUUGGCGAGUUUGAUUCAGAGUUUGUUGUUUACUGGGACUAAGCGGGCCCGGAGGAAGGCGGCAUCACUUGCUCGGGUGUUUCAAAGGUGUCAUUAUGAUACUUUACAUUUUAGCGGGUUGCGGUUUGGGUAUGGGUUCGCCGGAAACUCAACCACCGGAAUGGAAUCGGGUUUUCCGGCGGAAACAGUUUCCGUGACAUUGUCGAUGCCGAUGUCGGUUUCGGUUUCGUAG